AUGGAACGUUUUAGUGAGGCGUUAAAUACGCCACACCCUGCUCUGCAUAUGCCUAGCAAGAAUGAAUACAUACCCACGAACUUUGAGCAGAAGCCUAGGGAGGAUUUGAAGAGUGAGCACCCGCGCAUGAUCCAUGACGACGUAUGGUCUCGUGUAUGGUUCAAGCAGGAUGAUGAGUACAAGCUCCCGAAAAUGGUUACAUGGGUGGCUGUUACUGCGCCGGUAAUAGGCGCAGAUCCUCUUGCAACUAUGCUGUCUUCGAUGUAUCUUUGGUGUCUGAAUGAUGCUUUGGCUGAGGAAACAUACAACGCUGAAUUGGCUGGUCUAAAGUUCCAACUUGAACUUAGCACUUACGGAUUAAAUCUGAAAGUAAGUGGGUACGAUGAAAAGCAGCCGUUGUUUGUGGAGCACUUAGUGAAGCGACUGACGACUUUCAAACCCGAUCCACUGCGUUAUGAAGUUCUCUUUGAUGCUAUAAAACGAGCGCUGGAGAAUUUCGCUCACUCACAACCGUAUACACUUUCUCAACACUAUGUUCAGUUAUUGCUGAGUGACAAGUUUUGGAGCAAGGAACAGUUGCUUGCGGUCUGUAAAGGUGACAAUUUUUCCUCAUCAUACGCAUUUCUUAUUCCAAAUUGUUUUUGAAA